AUGGAUGCCUUAACUCCUCAGCAAAUUGCUGAUUUUAAGAAUGCAACCGUGUGCCAUAUUUGUCAGAAGAAUAUACCAGCGGGUGUUAAAAAAGUUCGCGAUCACUGUUAUCUUACUGGCGAAUACCGAGGUGCUGCGCAUGAAUCGUGCAACUUGAAUUAUCAAGAGUGUCAACUCAUCCCCAUUGUAUUUCACAAUUUAAGCGGGUAUGACGCACACUUUAUAAUUCAUGCUGUAUCAACAAGCUUUGAAGGUCGAAUUGACCUCCUCCCCUUGAACAAGGAGAAGUAUAUCUCCUUUACUAAAAACAUCAAGGGGAGUGAGGUUAAAUUCCGCUUCAUUGACUCAUUUCGAUUCAUGGCAGCAUCUCUUGAGAAACUAGCGUCAUACCUUGACGAAUAUAAAAUUAUUGAAUCCGUAUUUGCCAGUACGGUGACGGAUCGCGAACAAAUAAAAUUGUUAACGCGAAAGGGUAUCUUCCCCUACGAGUACUUUGAUUCGCGAAGUAAACUCGAUGAAACAGAGUUGCCAACAAAAGAGAGAUUUUAUAGUACUCUUUACGACGCUGGUGUAACGGAUGAUGAAUAUGAGCAUGCGCAAAAAGUCUGGUCUGAAUUUAAUUGUCAAACUCUUUACGAUUACGUUCACCUUUAUAUGAAAACUGAUGUGUUAUUACUUGCCGAUGUCUUUGAAAACUUUCGCGAACAGUGUGUAAAAACGUACGGGUUAGAUCCAGCACACUAUUACACUACCCCCGGUUUAACUUGGGAUGCUAUGCUCAAAUAUACGGGCAUAGCAUUGCAACUUAUAACCAACAUAGACAUGAUGAUGUUUAUUGAGUCGGGUAUCAGAGGCGGCAUUAGCCAGUGUUGUAACCGGUAUGCUAAAGCGAACAAUUCCUAUAUGGAUCAUUUUGAUCCAUCUCAAGACCCAAAGUACAUUAUGUAUUUCGAUGCCAAUAAUUUGUACGGUUGGGCAAUGACACAAGCACUUCCAAUUGGUGGUUUUAAGUGGAUUGCCAACCCUGACGAGGCGUUUGACUUUAACGUACCCGACGACUCUUCAGUCGGGUACAUUUUAGAAGUCAAUCUCGAGUAUCCCGAGAGCCUGCACGAUUCUCAUAAGGACAUGCCUUUUUGCGCAACUAAUGCAAAACCCCCCAUGUCCAGGCAGGAGAAAUUACUUACAACUCUCCUGCCUAAAGAGAAGUAUGUUAUACACUAUCGUGCAUUAAAACAGGCUCUCGGAAACGGUAUGAAACUCAUAAAAAUCCACCGAGUGCUUGAAUUCAACCAAUCCGAAUGGUUAAAACCCUACAUAGAUUUUAACACUACCAUGCGAACCACUGCAAAAAAUGAAUUCGAAAAGAAUUUAUUCAAACUAAUGAAUAAUGCAGUGUAUGGCAAGACCAUGGAAAAUGUUCGCAAGCAUGUUGACAUUAAGUUGGUUACACACUGGUACGGUCGGUAUGGUGCCGAAGCCCUCAUCUCUCGACCCAAUUUCCACAGUCGAGCGAUCUUCGAUGAGGACCUUGUGGCCAUCGAACUGCGCAAGACUGAGAUCCUACUCAAUAAACCGAUUUAUGUGGGUUUAAGUGUGUUGGAUAUCUCGAAAACGCUAGUCUAUGACUUUCACUACAGUUACAUGCUCCAGAAAUAUGGUGGAGCAUGUAAACUGUUGUACACGGACACAGACAGUCUAGUGUACGAAGUGAAAUGUCAAGACAUAUACAAAGACAUGAAAGACGACAUUGACAAGUUUGACACAUCUGAUUUUCCCGCAGACAACGCGUAUGACAUGCCGCAAGUCAACAAAAAAGUGCUCGGCCUUAUGAAGGACGAAUGCAAUGGUAAAAUUGUUACCGAAUUUGUUGGCUUGCGGAGUAAAAUGUAUAGCAUACGCGUUGAAGGUGAGGAUUUCGUUAAGAAAGCAAAAGGUAUUAAAGCAGGAGUCGUCAAAAAGACAAUAAAAUUUGAUGACUAUGUACAAUGCCUUAACAAUUUUGAAAUUCAGACCAGAACGCAGUACAAUAUAAGGUCACGGUUACAUAAUUUAGAGACAGUCAAACAAGUUAAAGUAGCCUUAAGUCCGCAUGAUGAUAAACGGUACUUGUUACCCCAGAGUACUGACACUCUUCCAUGGGGUCAUUAUAGGAUUCCCACAAUCGACGAAUGA